AUGGUGCAAUAUAUUUUUGUUCAUCUUCUCCAGUUUGUCCUGCCCCACUCCCGGGGGAGCUCCCAUGGCCAGACCCGCAUCAUUCGCAAGGCCUACGAGCAGGACUUCUACACCCACAUGAUGGAGGAGUGCUACGAGCUGUGGGCUCAGCUGGAGAGGGAGGCGGGUGUCAAACUGUACAGACAAACAGGACUCCUGGUGAUGGGACCAGAGAACAGUCAGAGUUACCAGCUGUUUAAGAACACCCUGCAGAGGAACAAGGUUCCUAUGGUGGUCCUGACCUCUGACAACUUCAACCAGCACAUCCCUCAUGUCAACCUGGCUGUGGGAGAUGGAGCAUUGGUGGACAUAACUGCUGGAGUUUUGUAUGCUGACCGCACACUCAAGACUGUACAGGGGCAGUUUCAGAAGUUGGGUGGGGCCAUAAGAGACAAAGAGGUGGUGACGGACAUCAAGCCUGGCCCUGUUGUGACGGUGUCAACCUCUGCUGGUGUUUAUCGAGCCAAGAGUGUGGUGAUCACCGCUGGAGCCUGGGCUAACAAACUGCUGGCACACACUGGCUUACAGCUGCCACUAGAGGUGGUGAAGAUCAACGUAUGCUACUGGAAAGAGAAGGUUCCGGGAUCAUACAAUGUGAAGCAGCGCUUUCCCUGCUUCUUGCUGACUGAGGGUGAGGAGACUAAAGAGCAUAUCUACGGUCUCCCAUCCAAUGAGUACCCAGGCCUGGUGAAGGUACGUCACAGCACUGGACCCUCCAGGUCAACUAAGUGGUAUGAGAGGGGAAACGAGAGCAUGGGCUCAAAGGAGCAGCUGAAGACUGCUCAGAGGUGUGUCAAUGUGAAUGAAAGGGCCAUUGUGGCAUUAGUGUAA